UCCAAGCCCGAGGGCGAGGCGGGGCGAGGCAGGGCAAGCGAGGCCAGCGACUCGGACCUGGCCGUGAAGCCCUGGCCUGAGCGCCGCUGCGCCGUCUCUCCCGGACCGACUACAUUUCCCAGAGGCCCGCGCGGGUGCGCCGAGGCCGCGGCUCGAACCGGGCUCUGGGCUGUGGGGCGGCUGGAGCGGCGUGUGUGUGAGAGGCAAGACUGGACUGUGAAAAAUACAGAGAGAGUGCAAGCGGGGUGUGUUGGUGUGGGUGUGAGAGAAACGGAUCUGCCUGUGUGUAAGAGGUCAGCAGGUGUGGGGCCCCGGGAGAGACUGAGAGGGAGAGAUCGUAUUGAGAGCGGGUGUGUGUGUGUGUGAGAGAGAGACCUGACUGUGAGUGUGAGAGACCGAAAGCAUGUUGGUGUGUGUGAGGGAAACGGGUGUGCCCGAGUGUGAGAGGUCAGCAAGUGUGUGGGGCCCCAGGGAGGCUGAGAGGGAGAGAUCGUGGGGGCGGGUGUGUGUGUGAGAGAGAUCGAAAGCAUGUUGGUGUGAGCGUGUGAGGUUGUAUGACAGUCCGUGUGUGUCCGAGUGUGAGGGAGACCCCAGUGUGUAUUGUGUGUGUGUGAGAGAGGUAGCAAUUGCAGUGUUUGUGUAUCUACGUGUGUGAGAAAUCCGUGUGUCUCUGAAACAGAGAUCAUUAAGGAUGUGUGUGAGAGAGAGAGAGAGAGGAAAACUAGUGAUGUGUGUGACACCAAAGUGAGUAGGAGAGAGACUGUGAACCAUGGAUUGUCACCACAAGGCUUGCAAAUAUAGCUUCUGUGAGGUUGCGGAGAGUGUGGGUGUGAGUGAGACAGAGAUGAGGGGCAGUGAGCCAUGGGUGUGUGUGAGAGAAUAAGAUAGGGGGUAUAUGUGUGAUGUUUGUGUAUCACCAUGUGUGUUUGUACCCAAGGCCUCUCUGAGACUGUGAUAUAUGUGACUGCAUAUGAUGUGCCUUCCGUUGGGUGCUUGCUAUUGUGUCCUCUGUGUAAUCAGGAGGUAUGUGAGGUCUUGUGUCAGUGUCUGUGUGUUACCCUGUAUGGUUGUAACUGGCCCUGUGUGACUGUGGUGUGUGUGGGGAGACUACUUGGAAGGUUGAUAGCUUUGUCUUCUUUGUGUGUGUUGCUUUAUGGAAUUGUGUGUUGCCAGGAUAAGGAUCCUGGAGUAGAAUUCCCUGCUUCCAGUCCAAGAGUUCCAGUGAGAAGCAAGAGGUGGGGUGACUGGAGCUCCUGACUGAAGCAGGAGACACCCUCAGUUCUGGGUGACAAAAAGGAGGGGAAACCGAGGGGUUGAAGACAGAGAUGAGAGUGUAGAUGGCAGAAUUGGGUGCUAAAGGAUCCACUGUCCCAGGGUGAGAGGAAAGCAAAGCCCCUGGGGGUUUGGCAGGAGAAGGUGGAUAACCCUGGCCUCUGGUGGCAUUUAGGAGUCAGAUUUUCAAACUGAAGACUGUAUCAAAGCAUGAAGCAGGGACGCAGGAAGGGAAAGAGUCCACCUUUACCUACAAAAUGUAAAAUAGAGGAAACAGCUAUUUCAUGGGAUCAUUUUAAAAAUAAGCCUUACCCUUCCAGGACAGUGCUGUUCCCCAAGAGAAAAGCCAGGAAAAGGAGGCGAAAAUGACAGUUGAACUAGUGAAAGCCAUACCUCAGGACUUGGUGACAUUCAAGGAUGUAGCAAUAGACUUUUCCCAGGAGGAAUGGGAAUGGCUGAACCCUGCUCAGAGGAGUUUAUACAGGAGUAUGAUGUUGGAGAACUAUCAGAGCCUGGUAUCAGUGGGACUUUGUGUCUCUAAGCCAUAUGUCAUCUCCUUAUUGGAGCAAGGGAAAGAGCCUUGGGAGAUGAAGAGUGAGAUGAGAAGAACCCCAUUCCCAGAUUGGGAAUCUGUAUAUGAGACACAAGAAUUACCUCUGAAGCAAUUUGUGUGUGAUGAUAUAUUAAUGGAGAGAAUUAUAAGCUAUGGACUUGAGUGUCCCACUUUUGGAGAAGAUUGGAAAUGUGAAAAUCUUUUUGAGAGGCAGUUGUUAAGCCAAGAGACAUUUAUCAGGCAAGAAACAAUCACUCAUAAAGAAACACUUACAGUGGAAAUAGACCACAAAUAUAACAAAUCUGGGAAAUUUGUCUCAUUGGACAAUAUAGAAGAGAAUAUUUAUAAUCACAAGUCAGAUAAAAAAAGCUUUCCUAAAAAUUCCAUGGUAAUAAAGCACAAGAAAGUCUAUGUAGGAAAGAAACUUUUUAAAUGUAAUGAAUGUGAGAAGACAUUCACCCAGAGCUCAUCCCUUACUGUUCAUCAGAGAAUUCAUACUGGAGAGAAACCGUAUGAGUGUAAGGAAUGUGGGAAAGCCUUCAACCAGAGUCAACACCUUGCCCAGCACCACAGAAUACAUACUGGAGAGAAACUGUUUGAAUGUAAGGAAUGUAGGAAAGCCUUCAGCCAAAAUGUUCACCUUAUUCAACAUCAAAGAAUUCAUACUGGAGAAAAACCAUAUAAAUGUAAGGAGUGUAGAAAAGCCUUCAGCCAGCCUGCACACCUUGCCCAGCAUCAGAGAAUUCAUACUGGAGAGAAGCCCUAUAAAUGUAAGGAAUGUGGAAAGGCCUUCAGUGAUGGCUCAUCCUUUGCACGACAUCAGAGAUGUCACACUGGCAAAAGACCCUAUGUAUGUAUUGAAUGUGGAAAAGCCUUUAGGCAGAACACAUCCCUUAUCCGUCACUGGAGGUAUUAUCACACUGGGGAGAAACCCUUUGACUGCAUCGACUGUGGGAAAGCCUUCAGUGAUCACAUAGGACUUAUUCAGCAUAGGAGAAUUCAUACUGGAGAGAAACCCUACAGAUGUAAUGUGUGUGGAAAAACCUUCAGCUAUGGCUCAUCCCUGACUGUCCAUCAGAGAAUUCACACAGGAGAGAAACCAUAUGAAUGUGAUAUCUGUGGGAAAGCCUUUAGCCAUCAUGCCUCACUCACUCAGCACCAAAGAGUGCAUUCUGGAGAGAAGCCUUACGAAUGCAGGGAAUGUGGGAAAGCCUUUAGGCAGAGCAUACACCUUGCUAGUCACCUGAGGAUUCAUACUGGCGGAAAACCAUAUAAAUGUAAAGAAUGUGGGAAAGCUUUUAGCAUCAGUUCACAGCUGGCUACUCAUCAGAGAAUUCAUACUGGAGAGAAACCUUAUGAAUGUAAGGAAUGUGGCAAAGCUUUCAAACAGAGAGCACACCUUGCACAGCAUCAUAAAAUUCAUACCGGAGAGAAACCUUAUGAAUGUACUGAAUGUGGAAAAGCCUUCAGCCAGACUACCCGCCUUAUUCAACAUCAGAGAGUUCACACGGGAGAGAAACCCUAUAAAUGUACUGAAUGUGGGAAGGCCUUUAGUCAUAGCUCAUCCCGCUCUCAGCAUCGGAGACUUCACACUGGCCAAAGGCCCUACGAAUGUGUUAAGUGUGAGAAGGCAUACAGAACAAAAUCGUUGCUCAUUUGUCAUCAAAGAUGUCAUACGGGGGAGAAACCUUAUGAAUGUAGCAUGUGCGGUAAAGCCUUUAGCCAUCAGCAAUCCCUUACCAUUCAUCAGAGAAUUCACUGUGGAGAAAAACCAUAUCAGUGUAAGGAAUGUAGGAAAACCUUCAGCCAGAUUGGACACCUUAAUCUACAUAGAAGAAUCCACACUGCAGAGAGAUCUUAUGAAUGUAAGGAAUGCAGAAAUGUCUUCAGACAAAGUGCGCACCUUGCUCAUCAUCAGAAAAUUCAUGCUGUAGAGUCAUCUCAGGCCCCCAGCUCUUCCUCACCUUCUGUGUCACCAAGUCCUGUUGAUAUGUCUGCUGAAUAUUUUUGGAAUCCAUCCACAUCUUUCCAUUCUCAUUGCCCUAGUCCAAAACACUGUCAUUUCACCUGGACUAUUCCAAUUGUCUAAUAACUGGUGUCCUUGCAUCCUCUUUUGUCCCCUUCAAGUUCAUUUUUCACACUACUGCCACAGUGGUAUUUUCAAAAUGUAAAUGUAAUUUUACGACUCCCUUAAAACCCUUGCUAUGAAAUUUUGAACUACUUGAUGCAUACAAGUGCUCAGCACAGUGCCUGACCCAGACUAAGUGCUCCAUAAUGUUAGCUCAGUAUUCUUCAGAGUCUGCUUGAAAGUUAUUUUUAAACAGUGAACUCUGGAAGGCAGUAUAUGUACUUGGAGAUAAUAACAAUUUUGGAACUGAAACAAUGUAUAUGAGGGUUAGCAUGAGUAGUAUGUUUAAAGCUUGAGAUCACCACAAAAUAAGGCUGUGUUCCUUUGUUGGUGAGGAAAUUCAGUGUGACCUGAUACAUAGAAUAUGUUUUAGGAAAUUCUAGAACUCUGGAUAAGACUGGAACAAAAGAACUAGAAUUUACUGGGAAGAAUGUAAGACUAUAUUUAUUCAAGGCAGAAAGUAAAAAUUCCUAAUAUUUAAAAUGGAAGAAACAGAACUUGAGUAGUGUAGCCCUCUUCUAAGACACCUGGGUUAACAGAUUAAUUCUAAACCUUCAAGGAAUCAUAAUUAAGCUGCUCUAGAGUGUAGAAAAAAUAAUGAAAUGGAUUAUUUUGCAGUAUUUGGAAUACUUCUUUCAUGAGGCUAAUUCAACCCUAAUAUCAAACCCAGAAGAAAAAAAAAUUAUAGAUGAAUUUACUCAUGGUUUUAUAUAUAAGAAGGAAAUUAUUAACCUUUGUUAAGGAGAAUAGAGGUUCUGAAUAAAUGGAGAUCUGUGUUUCCAGAUGGAAGUUUCAAUAUUGUUAACAUAUUUGUACAGUCAAUUCCAGUCACAAUCCCUAUAGGAUAUCUUUACAUUGACAGUUUUGUUCUGAAAAUCAUGUAGAAUGGUAAAUAGGAAAGCAUCACAAGGAAAUUUUUGAAAAAGAUCGUAUACCCAUGAAUUUAGUUUAUUGCAAAAGUAAUUAUUUUUGAUGUGUCAGUGGGAGAGAUGGCUUACUUAAAUGGUGCUUGACAGUUAUCCAACUGGAAAUAAGGUCAGAUCCACAUUUCACCCCUUACAGAGAAGUUCAUUCAAUAUGAUUAAAGAUGUAAUAGGAAACAAUAUUAAGAUUCUAGAAGAGAAUGUAGAAUAUUUCUAUUCCUUUGAGUUCAGGAAGGCUUUGGUAAGCAGGACACAGAGUCCAGAAGUCAUGAAGAGAGACAGAGUGAUAGGACCAUGUAAAAAAUUUAAACUUUUCCAUGGUAUAAGACACUGUAUUCAAAGUUAAAAGGCACAUGACAGACUGAGAUAUAUAUAUAUAUAUAUAUAUAUUUUUUUUUUUUUUUUGCGGUAUGCGGGCCUCUCACUGUUGUGGUCUCUCCCAUUGCGGAGCACAGGCUCCAGACAUGCAGGCUCAGUGGCCAUGGCUCACGGGCCUAGCCGCUCCGUGGCAUGUGGGAUCUUCCCAGAACGGGGCACGAACCUGUGUCCCCUGCAUUGGCAGGCGGACUCUCAACCACUGUGCCACCAGGGAAGCCCCCAGACUGAGAUAUAUUUUAACCAUAUAUUACGAAGCAUAUAACCCUUAAAAAAGGGCUGUUGGAAAGCAGCAAGGAUAAGGUAAGAUACACAGUCUGACAAAGUCUGAUAAGAUGAGAUACACAGUAUAACAGCAAAUCUUAAAUGAAGAAAUUAAAACAGUCAAAUAAAGGAAGAUUUUAAUUGCACUAAUGAUCAGAUAAAUGGAAAUUUUAAAAGUCCUCAUCACCAACACAAACCAGCACACAUUUUAUGGAUAAUAUCCAGUAUGGUUGCAGAUGUGAGAAACCAUAUUUUUAUAUUACAUUGGGAGGGUAAAUAGGUGGAAAGCCAUUUUAGAAGGCAAUAUGGUGUGACCUGUCAGUAUUUAAAAUGUAAUUAACCACUGCUGCAAUUCUACAUCUAGGAAUUUAUCUUCUCGAAAAGCACAGGUACAGAAAUAUAGAUGCAUAAGCACAUUCAUUACAGAAUUGUAAAAAACUUGGAACGAUUUAAAUGUCCAGUAGUAGUAAAUUUGUUACUUAAUUGUGGAAAAUCAGUUCAGUAGAUUAUUAAGCAGUCACUGGAAAGAAUGAGGUGGAUGUCUAUGCUCACAAAACAAUGCUUUGUAGUUUAUUGAGAAUGUAAUUUUCAUAACUAUAUAAUAUGAUGGCAUAGUUAUAAACACAUAAACUUUUUAAAGUUAAAAUUAUGAAAUGUGUUGUUUUUGUCUACAAUACAAAUAGAAACCAUGCAUACACAAAUACAGACUCCUUCCCCCAGCUGUGUUGGUUGGGCUGUUCUGAUGUCAUUCACUGAGGUU